UGGGGAAGUGAGGGAUAAUAUUACUAUUAGAAACUGGAAAAAUGAGUGCAGUUGGCGGAGGUCUACGUCCAUGGAGGCUACGCCUCCACUUUCCAUACACUUGUUCUUCCACCACUCGCAUUUCACGUCAUCUUUAUUACUCCCCCUUCUGCACUUCUUCUUCUUCUUCUUCCUCCUCUUCGAAGAGAGAGAAAAAAGAGAAAGUCAUUGUCAUCUCCGGGCCCACUGGCGCCGGCAAAUCACGUCUAGCCCUCGAGCUCGCUAAACGUCUUAAUGGUGAAAUUAUCAGUGCUGACUCUGUUCAGGUCUAUCGAGGUCUUGAUGUUGGGUCUGCAAAGCCUUCACCUAGUGACAGAAAGGAGAUACCUCAUCAUUUAUUGGACAUAUUGCACCCAUCUGAAGAGUAUUCUGUUGGUCAAUUUUAUGAGGAUGCAAGACAAGCAACAAGAGAUGUCCUUAACAAGGGCCAUGUUCCCAUAAUUACUGGUGGAACUGGCUUGUAUUUGCGUUGGUUCAUAUAUGGGAAGCCUGAUGUUCCAAAAGCAUCUCGUGAUGUUGCUUCUCAAGUGUAUGCAGAGCUUGAAAAUUAUCAAUUUAAUGGGGAUUGGGAUGCAGCUGUAAAGAUGGUGGUUGAAUCAGGGGACCCAAACGCCUCGUCUUUCCCAACAAACAAUUGGUAUCGCCUGCGGCGUAGCCUUGAGAUUAUCAAGUCUAGCGGAUCACCUCCAUCAGCCUUCCGAUUACCAUAUGAUUCCUUUAAAGAGAAACUAGAUUUAGCUGCACCAGAUGAUUGUCACAACAAGGAUGGAAUGCAAGGGAGCCAAUUAGAAGAUUUGGAUUAUGAUUUCCUUUGCUUUUUCCUCUCAAGCCCCCGACUGGAUUUGUAUAGAUCAAUUGAUUUACGAUGUGAAGAUAUGCUUUCAGGUAGUGGUGGGAUUUUGGCUGAGGCCAAAUGGCUUCUAGACAUAGGUCUUCUUCCCAAUUCAAAUUCUGCUACUCGAGCUAUUGGUUAUCGACAGGGCAUGGAGUAUCUCUUGAGAUGUGGGGAACAAGAAGGUCACAGUUCUGCAAAGGAAUUCUUUUUCUUCCUAACAGAAUUUCAAAAGGCAUCCAGGAAUUUCGCAAAACGGCAAAUGACGUGGUAUCGCAAUGAGCCGAUUUAUCAUUGGCUCGAUGCUUCUAAACCCUUGGAGAAGGUUCUGAAUUUCAUUCAUGAUGCAUACCAUGAUCAAGACACAACUUUGACAGUACCAGAAUCUCUAAGAAUGAAGAAAGAUGUGUCAAACCGUCGGGAAACUGCUGAACUAAAGGCUUAUAGGACGAAAAAUAGGAAUUUUGUCACACGCGAAGAUUGUGCUGAUAUUCUGACAUGGAUAAGAACUGGAGGUUAGUUUGGAAGGCACAUUACCACUUGCCGCAGCAUGCACCAUAGAGGAAUUAGCAUUCAGGAAGAAUCUCAAGGUCUUGCAAGAAUUAGCACCAGGUUCUUGCUCCUCCUUACAUGCUUGUGCCUCCUGAUUCAUUUCCCAUGCAUAACAUUCUUGCUAACAUCUGUUGGUGCUGCGUAAAAGCUCUGGGGAAGACAAAGUGGCAGACUUCGAAGAAUACUUAUCUGUUUUCCCCUUAACCUUGUUUUUGGAGUGAAAUUAGUGAUAACUGCAAUAAAAAAAUUCAUGUACCCUUAUAGCGUGAUGGAAAAAAUGAUCAUGUAGCUACCAGUGUAAUGAAAUAGGUUUUGCAGAAUGCUUUACAUUUGGAGAGGAAGAUCGAUGGCUGAAAAUAAAUUAGUUCCUCUUAUACGAGAA